AUGAAUUUCAUGGGCAGAAUAGCUGACAUUCUUGUGGAAGCGGGCCAUGAAGUGGUGAGUUUCAAACAAUCGGACUUGCCCCUUAAGAUUUCCGUUUCCUAG